AUGACUAAAUCUAUCCUAGCUGUUAACGCGGGUUCAUCUUCCGUCAAAAUCAACUUCUAUACCCUCGAGAACCCACCGAGACUGAUCGCAGAUGCGUCGAUCUCCGGAAUUACUGCACCCCCACCUACAUUCAAGUACCACAAGGGAGACAAGAAACACAAACAGGAUGUCAAACAAAUACUCAGCACCCCCCAAGAUGCAUUCAAGUAUCUCCUGCAGCGCUGUUUUAGCGACCCUGAGCUUUCAGAAGUCGCUAGCAUCGACGAUUUGGAGUACAUCUGCCACCGAGUCGUCCACGGAGGAGACUACCUCGACGCAGUCCUCAUCAACGAUGAGACACUUGAUCGCUUGAAGAAAUUGGAAGACCUCGCACCUCUUCACAAUUUCUCCGCGCUGGAGAUAGUCCGCCUGUGCAAAGCAGAGUUCCCCAAAGUUCCAAGCAUCACCUUCUUCGACUCUUGUUUCCACCAGACAAUCCCCGAAGCUGUCCGCACGUACCCAAUCAACCAGGAAAUUGCCAAGGCCAAUGGUCUGCGCAAGUAUGGCUUCCACGGCAUCAGCUACUCGUUCAUCCUGCGGACUGUAGCACAAUUUUUGAACAAACCGAAGGAGAAGACGAAUCUUAUCGUUAUGCAUAUCGGGAGCGGGGCGUCGAUCUGUGCGAUCAAGAACGGAGAGUCGGUGGAUACAUCAAUGGGCCUCACUCCUUUGGCAGGAUUACCCGGUGCAACGCGUAGUGGAAGUAUUGAUCCAUCAUUGGUCUUCCACUAUACCAACGAAGCAGGCCAUCUAAACCCAGGCAGCACGACAAGUAUGCAUAUUAGCACGGCUGAGAACAUCCUCAAUAAACAAUCAGGUUGGGAAGCCCUCACAGGAACAACCGACUUCUCCAAGAUCGCAGUGGCGAAUCCACCAACCAAAGCACAUAAACUUGCUUUCGAUAUCGUCGUCGACCGCAUCUCGGGCUACAUCGGCAGCUACUACGUUAAACUAAACGGUGAAUUAGACGGUGUAGUCUUCGCCGGUGGGAUCGGUGAGAAGAGUGCCUUGCUGAGAAAAGCACUUGUCGAUAAAUGCCAGUGUCUAGGCUUGGCAAUCGACGAUGCGGCUAAUGACAAGGGGCCUGGAGAUGAUGAGACGGUCAAGGAUAUCUCCAAGGAUUCCGGCAAGGGGCCCCGGGUUUUGAUUUGCCAGACCAAUGAACAGUUUGAAAUGGCAUACCACUGUGCAGCUUCGAGGAGCUGA